AUGUUCUAUUUAGUAACAAGCCAUCAUGUUUUACAACGCGAUUAUAUAUAUUACUAUAUUUUCUCUUUUAGUCACCGAAUGAGCACUAGUGAACGGCGUCGCUAUGGGUUUCAGCGUACCUCCAAAGAGAUAAGAAAUGAAAGGAAGCUUAACAAGAUGCAAAAAUGGAGUGAAAAGCUAGACAGCUGUGAUGUCGUUAAAUUGCGCACGGAGCUACGUUCCAUGGAGAAAGCCGACUUCCUGCUCCCUCGUCAGAAAGAACGAAAGACACUGAUAGAAAGAAUGAUACGAGAUGCUGAGCUAAGGAAGUGUGUUGAGGGUACCGCUCCCAUUUCAUGUGAACAGCGACCCAAUGAAGAUACCCAAGACAAUUCGAGCUGCUCCAGUAGAUGUGACGAUAUUAUCCUUAGUCCCCGUCUGGGUGUAGGGGAUGGUGUUGUGGUUACGACGCCAGAUCACUUCAUUCCGAGAUCAUUGAGAAAAAGGUGUGGUGGGAACAACAGUCAGGAGGGUCUAAAGAAACGGGUGAAGAGGGCAGAAGAGCACUUGAUUGCUAACAAUUCGUUGGAGGAAGAUAUUGAUGAUUUUUUUGAUUCUCUCUAG